UCUCUUGUGCUCGCAUUUUUGUGCGUUGGCAUCUCGCGCGCUCGCAUUUGGAAGAGCGCGUUCUCCUCUCAUUUGUCCUGUGUUCGGUAAGAGCUCCUCUCUUAUCCUACUAUCCUUGUCCUUCACGCGGUUGAAUUGUUGGAUCGGGCUUUUCCAUGGAGGCGGAGCCCAUGGAUGAAUCCGACGAAGGCUUCAGUACAGUGAAGCGUAAAAGUUCCGACCCAGGGCAGAUAGCGAAGAAAAAGGUUUCUAAUGAACCUUUAGCCCCAACAUCGCGAGAUGCUACCUCCAAAGAGGAGGUAAAACCAAGGGCAAAAGCGUACCACACUUCUUUUAACAGAGCACUAAAAGUGUUCUUCAUGCCCCGUAACAAGCCGCUUGAUGUUAGAUCGAUCACAGCAUCGAUCUACAAGAAAUUCCCAGGUGUUUUGGACGUUAUUCGACUGCAUCCUAAAAAGUUGCGUGUCACCGCAAAGGACCGGGUGCAAGCCAAUGCUAUCGUGGCUGAUCCGGACGAGGCGGAGGAUUACCGGGUGUAUAUUCCCGGGGGAUUGGUGGAAGUCAUCGGUGUGGUAGAUGACUUUGAAUACCCCUUAGAGGAUAUCCUUCAGUACGGACAAGGGGCAUUCCUUUACCAAUCCUUGCCUCAUGUCAAGGUCCUCGAAGUGAAAAAAAUGUACGCUUCGAAAAUUUUUGACGAAAAGAAGGUGGUCCGUGAGACUUUCUCACACCGGAUCACUUUCGAGGGAACUGUACUGCCGAACACGUUGUACUCCGAGGGUCUGCGGGUACAGUAUCGGACAGAAUGAUAGGACCCUAGUGUUUUCAACGCAGCAUGCACCCGUUGGGACAGGUUUAUGUGUGGUUUGUGUGUUUGUGUUUGUGUGUGUGUGCAUGUGUGUGUAUGUGUGUAUGUAAAUGUGUGUGUGUGUGCAUCUGUGUGUGUGUGUGGGUGUGUAUGUAUGUUUGAAUGUGUAUUGGUGUGUGUGUGUUUGUUUCACAAGUAUGUCGUUUCGGAUAGUUUUGUUAGUAGUUUUUUUGUGUUUUGGGUUAGGUUUUGGAUGUAAUAAGCAGGACCUCCGCCCUCGCGAUCAAUGUUUUUUCGAUAUAUUAACAAUUUUACGGUCUUCUUUCGUCGUGGUCUUCUGAAGACGUCCGGUUGACUUGCGCGUUUCGGUUGUCCAAGCGCGUUUCGGUUGUCUAAGCGCGUUUCGGUUGUCCGAAGCGCGUUUGCCACAAAAGUGCGUGAUCGUUCCAUUACGAACUCGAUCGUUUUGCGCUUAAUGCCAGCAGCCGCCAUUCGCUUAAUGAUAUGGCGCUGAUAAUCGGUACAACGUUUACCUCGACCCAUUGUUACUAACAUUGCUUGCUUGGACCGUCAAGAACGCGCUGGUUAAAAACAUGGACACGGCUGAUUCCGUGCUCAGCCUGCGUUCUACUUCUAUACGCGAUGAAUUACAUCGUUGUCGAGCAGUGAAAACAUCGCAUGGAUAAAAACUAUCAACGAGUACGCGAGUAAGCGUCUUCCCUUCAAAAUCGAGAACAGAAUACUGCCGCGCUCAUGAAACAAAACGCACAUUGAAAAGAACUCCUGCGCGCCAGCUGAAUGCACGCACGAAGUUUCUCAUGCGCACACAACGUGCAACGCAGAGAUGCACGAAGGCCUUUCAAUGGCGUGCACUGGAGAAACACCUGUGAGGGAAUGCCGAGUUCAUUGCUAUUGUGCGCGUGUCCAUUUUGCAUCGCUGCGCAUGCACAUUCAUCAAUCAGCACACCUGCGUUGUCGUCCGAGGAACAAGAGCUGCUGUCGAUGCAAACUUUAGCUUUUAUCCAAGUGUAAACGCACGAUGUUUCACAUGAUAACACACAUUAUCAGAAUACUUUCAACGCAAUAUGACAUAAUGGCAAGCUACGUUUUUCAGACACAAACACGUGCACUUGCAAAUACACAUUAAAAAGCACACUCUCUUUCUACUACACACACACACAUACACACACAUGCACUCACACACUCAAACACACACACACACACACACACACACACACACACACACACACACACACACACACACACACACACACACACACACACACACACACACACACACACACACACACACACACACACACACACACACACACACACACACACACACCCAAACACAAGUAACGUGGCAAAACAAGUGCACGGUGCGUUGAAAAAACCAGAGUCCUAUCUUAAUGUCCGAUACUGUACCUACCGAUGUACUACCAAAAUGUUCGAGGCUUGCGUAAAAAACUAAAUGAUCUAAGACUAGUACUUUCAGAAACUGAAUACAAAAUCGUAAUAUUAACUGAAACCUGGUUGAACAAUAA